AGAGCUUUCUUCUCGCAAUUCUCACAGCAGGUAGCCAGACCAGCAAAGCCUGGCAACUCAUCCGCAGCUGCAGGCAAAGAAAUUAACAAGCAUGGGCAACAGCCUGCGGUGCUGCCUGGCCUGCGUCCUCCCCUGCGGCUCCUUCGACGUCAUCCGGAUCGUCCACCUCAGCGGCCACAUCGACGAGUACACCCGCCCGGUCACCGCCGGCGAGGUCAUCGCAGUGCACCCCAACCACGUCCUUAGCAGGCCGUGCUCCCAGGGCGGCGCACGGCGGAUCCAGAUCGUCGCCCCGGAUUCGGAGCUGAAGCGUGGGUGCUUUUAUUUCCUGGUGCCGGCGUCGUCGGUGCCGGAGAAGAAGAGGAAGCCGCUGCAGCCACAGCAGAAAAAGGAGCGGUCGAUGAAGACCGUGCCGAGCACUGCCAGUGCUAAGGUGACAAGGGACAGUGGUGACAGGUACCUGGCGGAGGUGUUGUCGGAGGGCAAGGCCAGCCUGAAGCACCGCCGGAGCGUCCGUGCGACGGUGUGGCGGCCACACCUCCACAGCAUCCUGGAAGAGGCCAAUGAUUCGUGAGUGGUCUCAUUGUCUUCAUGUUAUCAGCUCAUAGAGCUGUGUCCCUCCCCUUCCUCUCUGUUUCAUGUGCAAAUACGGAUGUAAUAGUUAUGGUGUUUGUGCAUGGCGUGUAUCAUACACGUUUGAUCCCUGAGGUUUAGAUGAGAGGCGAGGUUUGCUCCUUCUACUAGGUUUUUCGCCCUUGCCGCUGCCGGUGAGAGUUACCGAAUAGGCUCUGAAUCAGAAAUAGGGAUCAAUAUUUCAA